UAGAAACAUGAAACUUGACGAUGCGCUCCAGCGAGUUUUACUUCCCCUGUGCAGGGGUGUUUGCCAGCAGCCUGCGGUUACUCUCAGAAGUCAGCUCCAGUGGCAUGAGCCCCUGAGCCCAAAGCCUUACCAUGCUGCUCCCUAGGAAGGUCAGGAGCUACUGACAUCCCCCUGGACAGCGACCCACACCUCCUCUCAGGAGAAAUGGACAAGCUGAAUAAGAUAACUGUCCCUGCCAGCCAGAAGCUGAGGUCUGACAAAAUACACAUAACAUAAAGUUUGCCAUCUGAACCAUCUUUAUGUGUACAGUUCAGGAGCAUUGGAUGCAUUCAUAACCUUAUGCAACCACCAUCACCAUCCAUCCCCAGGACUCUUCAUUUUGCAAAACUGGAACCCUGUGCUCAUUACACAACAACUUCAAAAGAUGGUCCAUGAUAUCAAGAACAAUGAAGGUGGAAUAAUGGACAAAAUAAAAAAGCUAAAAGUCAAAGGACCUCCAAGUGUUCCUCGAAGGGACUAUGCAUUAGACAGCCCUGCAGACGAAGAGGAGCGGUGGUCAGAUGACUUUGACAGUGACUAUGAAAAUCCAGAUGAGCAUUCGGACUCCGAGAUGUACGUGAUGCCCGCGGAGGAGACGGGCGACGAUUCCUAUGAGCCGCCGCCCGCUGAGCAGCAGACAAGGGUGGUCCAUCCAGCCCUGCCCUUCACCAGGGGCGAGUACGUAGACAAUCGAUGCAGCCAGCGACACUCUCCGCCCUUCAGCAAGUCGCUCCCCAGUAAGCCUUCCUGGCCUUCAGCGAAAGCAAGGCUGGCCUCCACUCUGCCAGCUCCCACCUCUCUACAGAAGCCUCAGAUCCCCCCCAAGCCCAAAGACCUCCUCGAUGAUGAGGCUGAUUAUGUGGUCCCUGUGGAGGAUAAUGAUGAAAACUAUAUCCAUCCCAGAGAAAGCAGCCCACUGCCUACUGAGAAAGCUCCCAUGGUGAAUAGAUCAACCAAGCCAAAUAGCUCAAAGCCAAUGUCACCUUCAGGGAAUGUCAUAGGUCGAAACAGUGGGGUCUGGGACUCCAAGUCAUCUUUGCCUGCUGCACCGUCCCCACUGCCGCGAGCUGGGAAGAAAACAGCCACACCACUGAAGACAACUCCAGUUGCCUCUCUACAGAAUGCAUCAAAUGUUUGUGAAGAAAAGCCUGUCCCUGCUGAACGCCACCGAGGGUCUAGUCACAGACAAGACAGUGUACAGUCACCAGUGUUUCCUCCCGCCCAGAAACCUAUCCAUCAAAAGCCUGUUCCUCUGCCAAGGUUUCCAGAAGGGGGAAGCCCAGCUGUAGAUGGGCCACUACCUAGCUUUUCAUCUAAUUCCACUUUUGCAGACCAGGAGGCUGAACUUCAUGGUAAGCCCUGGUAUGCUGGCGCCUGUGACCGCAAAUCCGCUGAAGAGGCCCUGCACAGAUCCAACAAGGAUGGAUCAUUUCUUAUUCGGAAGAGCUCUGGCCAUGAUUCUAAGCAGCCAUAUACACUAGUUGCAUUCUUUAAUAAGCGAGUAUAUAAUAUCCCUGUACGGUUUAUUGAAGCAACCAAACAAUAUGCUUUGGGAAAGAAGAAAAAUGGUGAAGAGUACUUUGGAAGUGUUGUGGACAUCAUCAAGAACCACCAGCACAACCCCCUGGUUCUUAUUGACAGUCAUAAUAACACCAAGGAUUCCACGAGACUGAAAUAUGCUGUGAAGGUUUCCUAAAGAAACAGACAUCAGUACCACUGCUCCAGACAUUCCCCCAUUUCUCCUUUUGAGAAAUCUUCUGGAUAUGAAUGAAUCAG